AUGGCCAUCUCCAAGGUGGCACUGGCCGGUAAAGGCCGACUCGGCUCUGUUGCCCUCGACGAACUCCUCAAAACCGGCUUCGAUGUGACAGUCCUUACGCGUUCAGCACCGUCGCUCAGGAAUAUUCCAGACGGUGUCCAAGUCCUUGAGGUAGACUAUACAUCGCAAGACACCCUACAAGCCGCGCUCAUGGGCCACGACGCCGUAGUUUCGACGGUGGCCGGUGUCGCAGUCGCUACUCAGAAGCCCCUCAUCGACGCGGCGAUCGCCAGCGGCGUGAAACACUUCAUCCCAGCGGACUACGCCAUGAGCCUGAGAAAUCCCGGAGUGCGGCUGCUGCCACCGUAUACCGAUGUCUUGGAAAUCGAGAAGUACCUCCGAGCGAGAUCCGACGAGAUCUCAUGGACGGUUGUCGCUUGCGGCGGGUUCUUGGAAUACGUGUUCGACCUGCCAUUUAUGAUCGACGUGGCGCACCGUCGGAUUGAUAUCGUGAAUGAGGGUAAUGUCCCUUUUAGUAUCUCGGACUUUGGGACCGUGGCGAGGGCUAUUUCUGGAGUGCUAAAACAGCCGGGGCGUGUUGUUGGGCACUGCGUGCAGGUCCAUGGGAUGCUGGUUACGCAGAACGAGGUGCUGGAGAUUGCGAAGAAAUAUUCUUCGGACCCAGGGUCCUGGGUAGUGAGCGAGAAGGCUGCCCGCGUCAAAUUUGAAGAAGGCUUGGAUAUGCUGAAGAGGGGCGAGUAUACUAUGACGGCAGUGUCGACGCUGAUGGCGGGAGUAGUGUGGGAUUCUAAUUAUCAGACGGGAUUUCAGGAGACGGACAAUGAGUGGCUGGGGGUUGAAGCGCUAAGCAAAGAACGUCUCAAGGAGACUAUUAGGGAUAAAGUGCUUGGCGGGGUUUCUGGGAUUGCUGAAGACAAGAUUGUAUCUAAUGUCUAA